GGGAGAGCGAGUCAACUUUGAGGGUCGGUAGUCUGAUCCGAGAUCCCAGAGAAAACACCACCACUUUCUCAUUUAGUCCACGAUCAGGACGACAGGUCUACCCUAUCCAGCACCAGCGUCUCAUCUGUGUCCAGCCUGUAUCAGCCAUCACAUACCGCCAACCGCAGAUAUGACAGACUCGACGAACUUCUUUGACGACCUCACGAAAGAGGAACGCGAUUUGGCAUUUCGGAUCUUCACCAAGCCCAAGAGCCAAUUCCGAGAACUGAUCGUCGAGGAGAUGAGCCGCAUCUGGGACGCCGACCCCCGAUCCGAAGGCCGGUCAGACAAGCGCUGGCACGUCCAACGCGGAAUCAGCGGAGGCUGGCUCUUCGACCAGGCCUUCGAAGAGAUCAGGUCCCAGUGGGUUGAGCAAGGAAUAUGGAAGAACUCCUGGGACCGCGACGAGCAAGGUCCGACAUCUGACGACAGCUGGAAGCACGAAGACCCGCUACCGGAUCUCCCGCCCAACAACGGGGUUGGAACUAGGUUUCAACCAGGAUGGCGAGCCGAGCUGGUUCGCGAACGCGAGGCGUCGCGCCCGAUCAACCAGUUCUUCUAUCAGGUGAAGAAAGAACAAGAGCGGCUCGUGGCCCCUCAUGAUGGGAGCCUUGAGUCCAGCCCUCCCGAUAUCAGCUCGCUAGCGUAUGAUAUAGUACGCGGGACCUGGACGGCGAAGCAUAUCUGGGACGAGGACUGGGGGGUGCUCCCCGGUCUGAUCUGGAGGCACGAGAAGCCGUUUGAUCUAGCCGCGUUCGGCGCAAAAGUGCCGGAGGAAACUCCCCCGAUCAUUGGUUCGGGGCUGACGACGGCUCCUCCGCAUCGACUGUCGGAGUCGGAGCCGGAGUUGGAAGACGGCGACAACGACGACGACGGCGACGAUGACAAGGUUCCCUUCGCACUCAUACCCGGGCAUAAGCCUUACAGGUAUAUCCUGAAAACACCGGACGACGUCGACCCUCCGCCGCAGUACGAGAAGAAAGAUGCCGAAGAGUUUGUGCUAAGCAAACCACCCCCCAAGAGGGCCAGAAGGGCGAGGAAAGACAAGACGAUUCAAGCAACCGCAUGAACACCCAGCCCUCAACCCCAGGGCGAUACAAUUCUCCGCUAAGCGGCGGCAACCCAGGCCCUGGGAGCUGGGCACGGAGAUCACUGCAUACAAAGAUAGACGUGUGGCCCCGUCGCUAAUUUUACAACAUUUCGCCGUGUUCAUUUCAAAUUACGCCUCGACUUCCGCACCAACCACG